AUGAUUCAAAAUCUUUUANAUUGCAAGUAUACCCUCAAGGGUACUAUAACAAAUGUGUUCUUUAUAGUGCACUUGCUGGAAAAGAGCUUUGAAGCUGAUAACAAACUGGAGCCCGAGCGCAAGAUCCAGCUGGCUAAGAAUCUGGGCUUGCAGCCGAGACAGGUGGCGGUUUGGUUCCAAAACCGUCGUGCCAGGUGGAAAACCAAGCAGCUAGAGAGAGACUAUGAUGAGCUUAAGGCCUCCUUUGAUUCUCUUCGUUCCAAUUACGACUCCAUUGUAAAGGAAAACGACAAGCUCAAAGUUGAGGUUUCAGAAACCCUCUCUCAAUCCACCUCCUCUCUGCAGCCAAGCCCUCUGCUCCUCCUCGGCGUUCACCGACACCGGGACAGCCUCCUCCCUCCCAUAUGGUCGUGGUCUCAUCUUCUUGUUGAAGCUCCUCCCUCGGCGGGCUUCGACAAGUUUAUCGUUGACUUGACGCUGCGGAUGGGGCUGCCGACAAUGCUCGCCAGCCUUUCGGCGGACCGAGCUUGGACCGACACGGCUUCCCUGAUUUGGUGCGCUUCGUUCGUGGGACCGCACCAGUCAACCCCCGUUUAUCAUGGUAUCAGAGUCGGUUCACCCAGGAAAAUAGGCCUAACUUAUAAGCCUAAUGGGCUACUCCUCCUACCACCAAUUGGUUUUGGGAUGGAAUCUCACUUGGACUCCCUGAUACGGUGCUAUUCGUUCGUGGGACCGCACCCGUCAACCCCCGUUUGUUGCCAGUGA